UAUCCGAACGUUUUCCCAUCCUAUCGGAACUAAGGAAGGAAUGAUUAAUUGAAUGGGCAUUUCCCACAUCCGUCCCUGAAUACUUAUCAUUGAUGUAUGUGUUAACUUUAUAUCUCUACAUCUCAUUGUUUGCAUAUUUUGUUGAAUUACACAUCAUCACACACCACGCUCAUACAAUCAUUCAUUCUCAAGAUUGAAUAUGCAUUCUCCAGAAUAUCUUCUUGGACUGGCGAAAAUUAACCCAGAAUUAGACGAGGUAAUACCUAUUGUUAUAUACCGACCUCGUACUCCGUUUAUAUAUAUCUGUGCAUUAACAUCUAACUAACACCAACAAACAGAUUCUAAAGAAAACACCAGUAAACCGUAGAUUUGACGGCUCAACCAAUUUCUCCGAACUUCGAAACCGUCUCAAAGCCGCGAAAAAAGAUCAAGUAGCAGCCACCACAGCCUUAUUAAAGGAAAUAUCAUUCAUAGAAGAAGAUCGACAAAUCCCCGUUCGAGAUGGUUCUUCCAUCGAUAUUCGUAUUCAUAGACCGAAAACUCCUCCCAGUGGAGGUAGUCCUGUCUUUGUCAUUUAUCAUGGUGGUGGAUUUUGUUUAGGUGGUUUGGAUAAUGAAUCGCUUCUCUGUAGACAGUGGACCGAUUUGGGUGGUGUGGCGGUAAAUGUCGAUUAUAGACUUGCGCCUGAACAUCCCUUUCCUACUGGUGUAAAUGAUGCGUUUGAUGCGUUGAAAUGGGUAAGUUUUCUUAUUCUUCUCCUCAUAUGAUCGUCGGAAUGCAUAGCUAAUGUAGGCAAUACAUAAAUAGACGGCGUCGAAUCUAGAUGAGCUUCAUAUCAAUCCAAGCAAAGGUUUCCUAGUUGGAGGUAUUUCAGCAGGUGCUAAUUUCGCUUCUAUCGUCUCGCAUUUAUAUCGAGAUGAAAAUCUCUCUCCACCUUUGACAGGUGUAUACCUCUCUAUUCCUCCCAUCAUUUCCCAAAACAUCGUACCGGAAAAAUACAAACCUGUAUAUCUAAGUCAAGAACAAAACAAAAACGCCCCACUACUAAACCGCGAAGUCGCAGACGUAUUCGACAGUAAGUCACUCCCCCUCUCUAAAAUAAAAUCACCAUCCCUAACAAAAAAAAACAAGAACACUACGCAGUAAAAGAACCCUCAUCCCUAGCAACCCCAAUCCUCUUCCCCUCGCAUAAAAAUCUCCCAAAGACCUAUUUCCAAAUUUGUGGUUUGGAUCCGCUUCGUGAUGAAGGUUUUAUUUAUGAAGAUAUUCUGAAGGAGAAUGGGGUACAAACGUUGGUGCAUGUUUAUGAGGGAUUACCGCAUGGCUUUUGGACGUGGUUUCAUGAGGCGGAGUUUACGAGGGCGUUUAAUGAGGAUUGUAAGAAAGGUUUGAUAUGGUUGUUGGAGACGGUGGAGUGAUGUUUUGGUUGUGGAUAGUGGAGAUUGUAUUUGGUUGGGAAUAGUAGAAAUGGUAUUAUGUGUAUUGAGUAUUCGGUAUGGGUUUCUUGUCUUAUGUGUA